AUGGUGUUCUUCAGAAGCUUUGUCUUUCUCUUCGUCCUACACCUGCUGCAGGGGUCCAACACCUCCCUUGUUCGGCUAGAGAACAAUGGCUAUGAAGGCAUUAUCAUUGCCAUAGACCCUGGUGUGCCAGAAAAUGAAGCACUAAUUGAACAAAUAAAGGACAUGGUGACUUCAGCUUCUACUUACCUGUUUGAAGCCACGGAAAAAAGAUUUUUUUUCAAAAGCAUAUCAAUAUUGAUUCCUGAGACUUGGAAGGAAAACCCUCAAUACAAAAGACCAAAACAUGAAAGUUACAAACAUGCUGAUGUUUUAGUUACACUACCAGCCCUACCAGGUGGAGAUGAACCAUACACCACGCAGUUCAGUGGCUGUGGAGUAAAAGGAGAACACAUUCAUUUCACCACUGACUUUGUACUUGGGAAAAAACAAAAUCAAUAUGGACCAACAGGUCGACUGUUUGUCCACGAGUGGGCCCAUCUCCGCUGGGGAGUGUUUGAUGAGUACAAUGACAAUGAGCCUUUCUACAGUGUUACGCCAAGAAGAAUUGAAGCAACAAGGUGUUCCGAAAGUGUUACUGGUAUGAAUAGAGUUUAUAAGUGUCAAGGAAACAGCUGUGCACUUAGUAAAUGCAAAAUUAAUUCUACAACACAACUAUAUGAAAAAAAUUGUCAAUUCUUCCCUGAUAAAGAGCAAAUUGAAAAGACAUCCAUAAUGUUUAUGCAAAGUAUUGAUUCUGUUGUUGAGUUCUGUAAUGAAAAAAACCAUAACCGAGAUGCUCCAAACCUACAAAACAAAAUGUGCCAAUCCAGAAGCACAUGGGAGGUGAUCAGUAUUUCUGAGGAUUUUAAAAACACCACGCGUAUGGAGAAAUCACCCCCUCCACCUGCCUUCUCACUGCUGAGGAUCAGAGAAAGAAUUGUGUGCUUAGUUCUUGAUAAGUCUGGAAGCAUGGGGGAUUAUAAUCGUCUAAAUCGAAUGAAUCAAGCAGCAAAACUUUUCCUGCUGCAGACUAUUGAAAACGGAACCUGGGUGGGGAUGGUGCACUUUGAUAGUAACGCCAUCGUUAAAAGUGGGCUAAUUCAAAUAAUAAGCACCAAUGAAAAAGACAAGCUCUUGAGUAGUUUGCCUACAGCAGCUAAUGGGGGAACUUCCAUCUGCGCUGGGAUUGAAUCAGCAUUUCAGGUAAUAGGAGCAAUAUACUCCCAGCUCAGUGGAUCUGAAAUAGUGCUGCUGACCGAUGGGGAGGAUAGCUCUGCAAGUCUCUGUGUUGAUAAAGUGAAAGAAAGUGGGGCCAUCAUUCAUCUUAUUGCUUUGGGACCAUCUGCUGAUAAAGCCAUCACACAGAUGACCACUAUAACAGGAGGAAAACAUUUUUCUCCCUCGGACAAUGCCGAGAGCAAUGGCCUCAUCGAUGCUUUCGGGGCCCUUUCUUCGGGGAACACCGCCGCCUCCCAGCAGUCCCUUCAGCUUGAAAGUAGGGGAUUAAAGCUCAGUUAUAAUCUCUGGAUGAAUGGAACUGUAAUCAUUGACAGCACUGUGGGAAAGGACACAUUCUUUCUCAUCACAUGGGAAAAGCAGUAUCCCACGAUUUCUCUCUGGGACCCCCAUGGAACAUCAAUGACAAAUUUCAUUGUGGACAAUGAUUGCAAAAUGGCCUAUUUCACUGUUCCGGGAAUUGCAAAGGCGGGUGUUUGGACGUACAAUCUUCAAGCCAAAGCAGACUCAGAAACAUUAACUAUAACAGUUAAUUCUCGGGCAGCAAAUUCUUCUGUGCCUCCAAUCACAGUGAAUGCUAAAAUGAAUAAAGAUACAAACAGCUUCCCCAACCCAAUGGUUGUUUAUGCGGAAAUUCUACAAGGGUAUACUCGCAUCAUUGGAGCCAAUGUGACUGCGUUCAUUGAAUCAAGUAGUGGGAAAACAGAAGUCUUGGAACUUUUGGACAAUGGUGCAGGUGCUGAUACUUUCAAGGAUGAUGGGGUCUACUCCAGAUAUUUUACAGCUUAUUCAGCAAAUGGCAGAUAUAGUUUGAAAGUGCGGGCUCAUGGAGGAGCAAACACUGUCACCAGAAGCUUCAGGCAUACACCAAAUAGAGCUGCAUAUAUACCAGGCUGGGUAGUGGAUGGGAAAAUUGAAAUGAAUCCACCAAGACCUGAAAUUAAUAAGGAUUCUCAGACAAUUGUGGAGAGUUUCACCAGAAUAGCAUCUGGAGAUGCAUUUGUGGUUUCAAAUGUUUCAUCAUCUGCUUUGCCUGACCUGUACCCACCAAGUCAAAUCACAGACCUUGAAGCCACAUUUGAUGGAGAUAUGAUCAAUCUAACAUGGACAGCACCAGGAGAUGAUUUUGAUGUUGGAAAAGUUAAACAAUAUAUCAUAAGAACGAGUGGAAGUAUCCUGGAUCUAAGAGACAAUUUUGAUGAUGCUUUACAAGUAAAUACUGCUGAUCUGGUACCAAAUGAGGCUAACGCCAAGGAAAUCUUUGCAUUUAAACCAGGAAAUAUCUCAGAAGAAAAUGCAACCCACAUAUUUGUUGCCAUUCGAAGUGUAGAUAAAAGCAAUUUGACAUCAAAAGUAUCCAACAUUGAACGAGUAGCUUUGUUUACUCCUGUUCCUGAUGAAAGUCAACCAAAUCCUAAUUCUGGAAUCAGCAUUUCUUCUUUGGUGUUGAUAGUGGUUGGAUCUGUGGUACUUGUUAGUAUUAUUCUAAGUAUCACCAUUUGUACCAUACAAAAGAAAAAAAAUUCAAGUAAACCUACAACAGGGUUUUAAAACACAUCAACAACAAAAGUGUAGGAUAUUUCUGAAUUUGAUUCAUCCCCUGAUUAUGAACUCAUAAAAAUAAUUUUAGGAAUUCUAGAAGGGAUACCUUAAGUAUAA